CAGCAACCAACAUGUCGUUUUGCUCCAAACCAGAUUGCUACCAGUGCCUUCCCAUGUUACACAUACACACAGGUACUAAAGAGGAUAGCGCCAUGCUUACUCCACCACACAGCUCGAGUUCCCCAGAAGCGAGCCCAAGCAGAUCAACAUCCAGCCCCGACUUCAAUCCUCAGGAGCCGGUCUAUCAACCUGCAGAGUCUUACGGGUUACUUCUUGCACACUGGCUGAGAUGCCAUCCUCAACCGCCACCUCCACCUAGGCCUUAUUCCAGGCCCAAGAAGCAGUUCAUCUGCAAGUUCUGCAACAGGCAGUUCACUAAGUCCUACAACCUUCUGAUCCACGAGAGAACGCACACCGACGAGCGACCUUACUCAUGCGAUAUCUGCGGAAAGGCGUUCCGGCGACAAGAUCAUCUUAGAGAUCACAGGUACAUUCACAGCAAAGAGAAGCCUUUCAAGUGCGGGAUAUGCGGAAAAGGUUUCUGCCAGUCUAGGACCCUCGCCGUCCACAAGAUCUUGCACCAGGAGGACUCACCCCAUAAGUGUCCAAUCUGUGGAAAGACCUUCAACCAGAGGACAAACCUGAAGACCCACCUCCUCAGUCAUCAGGAGCAAGGCCGCCCGAAGAGAGGAUUCACGAUAGACGAGAUAUUGAGCCGAUGAAUUCGAACCCGAAGGUUCGAAGCUCAACCCUUUCAUCUAGUCAAAUCGAUCCUUUCUUGCUUUUAAAGUUCCUCUCCUCGAAGCUGUUUUUUUUUUUUUCUAUCCCAGUGUUAUUUAUCUCUGUACCAAAAUGGAGGAUCUCUUAAUGGAUGUACUUAAUUACUUAUAAGUGUUACCACCUCGUUCGGGGCAUUAAUGAUGUAUAUUUAUAUUGUAUAUUUUUUCUUGUAAAAAUAGUAUAUUGUUUGAUAGAGUUAAUAUUAUUGUCCAAUAUUUAAGUAGUUAUUAAAAAAAAUUAAAUGUACAAAUUAUAUUAAUAAAAUAAUAAAAAUGAAUGACUACAAUUUUGUUCAAUUUUUAUUUAUGACUGCUCAAAUACAAAUGAACGAUCAUAGUUAUCAAUAGACAGGUGUACCUAAGACUAAUUUCAUAAAACUAUAGAAAUCGAUUUUUUUUUCUUUUCAGUUUGUUUAUUCAACAAUAUAUGUAUAUUAUUAUUUAAUUUAUUUGUAUAAUUUAC